AUGCCUGGGAUGAGGAAGUAUCGACGCGACACAAGCGAAGUCAGCUGUUGCUUGAAAUAUGUUAUUUUUGGUGUAAAUGUUUUGUUCUGGUUCCUAGGGUUAAUUGUGUUAGCAGUCGGUAUCUGGGCAUGGACUGAAAAGGAUACUUUCAACAAUCUAUCUCGGCUUACAAACAUUGCAUUGGAUCCAGCAUUCAUAUUAAUAUGUGUGGGCACGAUUACGUUCAUAAUCGGCUUCACAGGCUGCGUUGGCGCUCUGCGUGAGAACACUUGUCUGCUGGCAUGCUAUGCAGUAUUCCUGGCAUUACUGUUAUUAGCUGAGAUGACAACAGGCAUACUGUUUUUCGUCUUCAAAGAUUGGAUAAAACAACAAGCUACGAUGGGCUUCCAAACGUUCAUCACGCAUUAUAGAGAGGAUCCGGACCAACAGAACUUGAUUGACUGGAUACAAGAAAGUUGGUUACAAUGUUGCGGUGUUGAAGGCCCCCGGGACUGGGAUAGCAAUGCAUAUUUCAACUGUUCGAGCAGCGCGGUCGGCUCCCGCGAAGCGUGCGGCGUGCCCUUCAGUUGCUGUCGAAGCAAGCCUCAGGAUAUCAUUCGUAACAAACAGUGCGGUUAUGACGUUAGGAAACCAAGUUUUAAUACUGAUAUUGCAAAGAAAAUUUAUGACAAGGGGUGUUUAGAGGCCGCGGAAGAGUGGUUUGACCAUAACCUCUUAAUUGUAGCCACAUCCGCUGUUUGUACCGCUUUUGCACAAAUUCUAGGCAUCUGUUUCGCCCAAAACCUGCGCGCGGACAUAUUCGCUCAGAAAGCGAAGUGGCACUGA